AUGGAAGUUUCUUCAAAAUACGGGUAUACAGACAAGAAGAAACUGAAGAUGAAUGGCUUAGCUGAGAGUAACCACAAAAGCGACAACCACUGCAACAGCCAUGAGACCAAUGACAGUUCUGACAGUGUGAGUUCGGGAGAAGAUAAUCAAAUGCCUUCUCAAAGAGAAAUGUCGUCAGGCACAAGCAACACAAGCAGGAGUUCCAGCAGAGAUGGGAUGUCAGGUCAGAGUGGGUGUUUGAACCAAGAUGGACAAAGAAGACGGUCAAGCGAAGACGGGAUGCUAGUUGCAAACGGAAUGCCAAUACCGGGAGCAAUGUCAGCUCAAGGAGAGUUACAGUUGCAGCAGGACGGAAGUGGGCGCGUACAGUCCCGGAAACAGCGCACUUUCACCCCUGAAGUCAGCAAGGAUACGACCUAUUGGGAGAAGCGUAGGAAGAACAACGAGGCUGCCCGACGAUCUCGGGAGAAGCGCAGACAGUAUGAUAUGGCCCGUGAACGGAGCGUGCAAGAUAUUACUGCUCUUAAUAAAUAUCUCAUUAGGCAAUUAUGUAUCUUGAAACGGAAACUUGGUAUUCCUGUCAAUGAAAAUGUUGAAGGCUCAAAUGAGGACUCUGAGCAAAUUGACAGAGACUGUAGAGCGCUUAUGGCUGCUCUACUGGCUGAAUCUAGCUCUGUUAACGAUUCUGGAUCACCAGGAAACCUGUCAGUGAAUAUUGCACUCCAUCGCACUUCUCCAAAUUCUGCAAUAACCACUGCUAAGGCUUCCUUCUCUGACAUGCCAAUGCAAAAUUCUAUGAACGGUGAGAGGCAAAAUCUCUUUAAUUUAUCUCCCGCUGAUUCGGUCACAUCAAGCUAUUCAAUGAAAAGUUUUAAAUCUGAAAGUGCACAUCAGCCCCCGGCUUCUCGGUUAAAGUUUGAGAUAGUCCCAUUGGGCAUGAUAAAGCAGGAGCCCCAAGACGAAUUUCCAAAUACGGCUUUUGCUAACUCCAAUACCACCUCCAGAUCUAUAGACAACUUCACUAAUGCUUCGGAAAUAUUUGAAAAUACUACCUCAGGUGUAAAUAUGGUCAGAGAUACGGGUGACCUGUUGAUUAAUGGUCGAAGAAGCUUUAGCACUUCUCCAUCAUCGUGGUAUCCUGUUCCUGUGGAUCACUCUGUUGCUGGGGUGGUGGUUGGUCAUCAUGGACAGUUACCGAAUGGCAUUAAUCUCACUAACCAUGCAAAUGCCUCAACACCUUCACCUACUUCGUCAUCGUCAUCCAUUAACAACUUCUCCAUGAGUAAUGGCCACAGUAUUUCCCAAUUACCGGUUCAACAAGAGGAGGAUGAACCUCUUCAGUUGACGGUCAACAAGCGGGCAAGGCUGGAUUCAGAUAACUCUUCUGAAGUUCCAGAUCCUGCUGAGGAUCUGCAAUGGAAUUGCAACUCUCGCAAUCGCCUCUCCUCGCCGACUGCCAAUAGUAACUCUCAUCGUUCAGCUCACUCGCUUCCAUUAAAAUUGCGACACAAGGCCAGCCUCCCUGACCAUACCAUUGCACUCACUCAUUCCCUGACUCCCACUACUAUGAUCUCAUCAACAGCAUUUGGCAAUUCCACACUGGCCAAUCUCAACCAUUCACAAACCAAUGGACUCUCUCAUCUUUCGGAUGUGGCUCUUUCUCAGAAUGGACCUUUGCCGCUUUUAAAAAGAGAUGCUAAUGGACAAAUACUCCAUCAGCGCAACAGUCAAUGCAAAGAGAAUGAUAACACUUGUAUCGGCUCCAACAAUUCAGUUAUGGACAAUGAAAAGAAGAGCCCAGGUGUGGAGAACCUAGAUGCCAAUAAUCCAAGUGUAUCUGAAAUGCAAUUGCAAGAUUCGGAUUCUAGCCAAAUUAGUAUUGAAAGGCUCAAGGAUCCCAAGUACGUUGAGCGGCGACGCCGAAAUAAUGAAGCUGCACGCAAAUGCCGAGAAAAUCGCAAAACACUGCAUCAAAUGCGUGAAGCUCAGACAUCUUUUUAUGAAAUGCAGAAUAGCCAUUUAAAAGUCAAGGUAGCUCAACAAAGGGAGGAGCUGGGUCGGCUGCAACUACUUUUGAAAAAGAAACAGGAAACUGGUACCAUUCCUUCUUUAAGUAACAGCAAAAACAACGAUAAAAACAGUGAUGAAGAUGAAGCUGAUGUUGGAAACAUAAAAAAGAAUAUGUGA